UUUAAUAUGACGGAAUUCUUAGAGCAUUUAGGGAAAGAUUCAUUUAAAAUCAAAGCUGAUUAGCCAAAUGAUAAUAAUAGUAAAGUAUAAAAAUUUCCUAAUGAUGUUACUUAUUUCAUGAAUUAUCAACAUGGAUACUAAUUAGAAUUUCAAAAUAAUAUUUUAAAGAAUGUGUACUUAUAUGGGAAUCAUGAUAAACAAUUUAAACCAUACAAAAAUGUUUUGCCAUAUAGAAUUAUUUUUACGAUGUGUAAUGCGGUACUAAAAAUUUUUAUAUUUUAGCAUAUAGUAGCAAAGUUUGGUGAGCCAACUAGUAAAUAAGGAGGGGGUCCGAUUAAUAUUGGAAUAAGCUAUGAUCAUUUAGGAAUAGAAAUAACUUUUCAAACUAAAACUUGGGAUUAGCCUAAUGUGGCUAUAGAUCAAAUUAUUUUGUAUGAACCCUCAAAUUAAACAAUCUGUGGAAUUUGUAAAAAAGUUGGAGAUUUGAGAUGUGCAUAAUGUAAGUUAGUUUAUUAUUGCAGUGUUGGUUGCUAAAAAACGCACUGGAAGCAACACAAAGUAUUUUGUAAUUGA